GGGCAUAUUUUACGAGUAAAAGACGAGAGCAAAGCGAGCGGGCAUAAAGUCGAGGCUUUUCGUUCCCUGCAUAGCAGCAUCGUGGUGGUGGUAGUGGUGGUGACGGAGGAAGAGAGGGAAGUUGUAGUGGGGAUGGUGAAGGGGGCGGUGGAGGACAUGAGUCCGGAGGGUCAGGGUCAGGUGAAGACCUGGACUGAGCCCAGCACCAUCAAGAGCAAAGGCCUGCGCAUCUACAACUCCCUGGCUAGAGCGAAGGUUCCUUUUCACGCCUCCGAAUUGGUCACCUGGUACAUUUGCGGCCCAACCGUUUAUGAUUCCUCACAUGUCGGCCAUGCCAGAAACUAUGUAACCUUCGAUAUCCUCCGCCGGAUUUUGGAGGGUUUCUUCAAGUACCAUGUACACUACGUUAUGAACGUGACUGAUGUGGACGAUAAGAUCAUAAGUAAGGCUCGUCGAAACUACCUAUUGGACCAGUUUUUAUCAACUGCAUCUCAUCUUAAUGAGGUUCUUAGCAUUUUGGAUACUGCAUUUGAAGAAGAAUAUUCCAAGCAAGAAAGCAAGGUUAAAGCAGCACAGAAAGAAUUUGACAAAGCUACUUCUCGUCGAAAGGAUGAACUCAGUGAAAAGAUCAAGCAGGAAGAACUGAAGCUGCAAAAGAUCCAUGAGCUAAAUGCUUUAGUAAAAGGAAGGGAAGACAAGAUUCUUGCCAAUGGUGGCAAAGCAGGCAUUGAUAUGCUCCUUGCAGAUGGUGUUAGUGACAUUCUUGCAUCAUAUUUGGAUGCCAAAGAGGGGUCUACCGUCACAGAUUUGGCCAUUUUUCGUGCUCAUGCAGCCAAGUAUGAAAAAGAGUUUCUGGAAGACAUGCAGAGCCUUGGAGUUAAGCCUCCAACUGUACUUGCACGUGUAACUGAGUACAUUGAUAUUAUUAUAGCUUAUGUUCAAAAGAUAAUUGAUCAAGGGUUUGCAUAUGUUGCUAAUGAGAGUGUAUAUUUUGACACAAGAAAUUUCCAGGAAGCAGGACACACCUAUGCUAAAUUGAAUCCAUGGGCUGUUGGAAGUUCUGAGCUGGCAUCAGAAAGUGAGUCAAAUUUUGAUAGUAGAGAGAAACACAACAGCUGUGACUUUGCUUUAUGGAAGGCAAGCAAAAGCGGUGAGCCAUAUUGGGAAUCUCCUUGGGGACAGGGCCGCCCUGGAUGGCACAUUGAAUGCUCAGCAAUGGCUAGUCACAUUAUUGGGAGAUCAGUUGAUAUUCAUUCUGGAGGAGUUGAUCUACAGUUCCCUCAUCAUGACAACGAAUUGGCUCAAGCUGAGGCAUUCUAUGGUUGCUCACAGUGGGUGAAUUAUUUCCUUCAUUCUGGUCACCUUGCUAUCGAAGGCCUAAAGAUGUCAAAGUCUCUAAAGAACUUUAUCACAAUUAGAGAGGCAUUACAAAAGUACACGGCACGACAACUAAGGUUUCUUUUUGUGAACCAGGCAUGGGAUAAGCCAAUGAAUUUCAGUGAAUCUGUAAUGAGUGAAGCAAUUGCAAAGGAGAGACAAUUCCAGAAUUUCUUCAAGAUUGUUAAAAAUGUUCUCCGAAGAAUGGAAAUUGAUGGAGAAAGUUAUGUUAAAGGUUUCGAAAAUGUUCAAAAAUGGGGACAAGAAGAGGAGGAGUUUGCAAAUUUAUUAGCAAUUACGACCUCACAGGUAAGAGAGAGGCUUGAGGACAACUUCGAUACACCAGGAGCAUUGCAAGCUCUUUUGAAUCUUUCCAGUGGUGUGCACUCAUAUCUAGAUAAAAGGGCUGCUGGAAACUUAUUGCCUAUCUUGGUGAAAGAAGCAGCAGAAUAUGUUACACAAAUCCUGGUUAUUUUUGGAUUGUCGACUGCUAAUGUGAGCAAUGAAAUUGGUUUCGGUUCAGAAUUAGAAAGCAGAUCUGGAGGCAUCGAAUCAUUAGUGGCCCCGUACAUUAAUGCUGCAUGUUCUCUAAGAGAUGAAAUCAGAGCGGCAGCAAAAGAUGACUUAUCUAAGGCAGAAUUAAUUUCAAUUGCAGAUCAAUUCCGUGACUAUAAAAUGGUUGAUUUAGGAGUCAGGAUAGAGGAUUCAUCGUCUGGUACAGUUUGGGAACUCUGUGAUGUAGAUACACUUAAGAAUGAACGGAGUGAGAAGCUUCGCAAAACACGGGAAGCCACUAUCAAGUCUUUGCAGUUGAAGAUAGAUCAAAAGUCAAAAGAUAUUGAAAAUUUUCAGCUGGCAUCCAUUGAUCCAAAGGAUUGUUUUCAAAAGCAGACAACAAAGUACAGCAAAUUUGAUGAUCGGGGACUGCCAACACAUGAUAGUGAGGGGAAAGAGUUGUCUAAGAAGGCAAUGAAGGAUGCUGAGAAAUUGAUGAAAAAAGCAGAAAUUAGACAUGAGAAAUACAAAGAGAAGUUAGCUGUGCAACCUUCUUUUAUUGAAAAUCUUAAAUCUGAAGUGAAGGACCUACAAGAAAAAUUGCAAGAAUUGGAAACUUGUCAGUAGUAUCCUUUUGGCUCACUUCAGACGAUGGUGGACUUCAAAGCUACACGUCAUUGUUAACUUCAAUAGGUGAUGAUUCCACUUUUUCUAAUUUAAUAUCCACCCUUGAGAAAAAGGGCUAUGAUGUUUAUUAUCUGUUUUAAAGAGAAAACAGCUAAGGUUUGCUCAUCUAACUUAUUGAAUCAAGGGUGUUUAUUUCGGGAACUACAGGAAUCUCAAUGUUCAUCUGUGAAUUCAUUUCAAUUGUAGUCAUUACAGCGUACAUGUUGAACUUUGAGCAUUCACAACACCAUUGAAGUUCAAAAGAAGCUAGUGAGCUUUGCAUUGAUUUCUUAUUAAAUGAAUUGUUUCAAAAGAGGUGGAUAACUUUGUGACA